UUUUAAGUGAAAAAAAAGCCCUAAAAUGGAGGAACUCAAUUAAAUCUUCGAUUUCUUCUUUUAAUGUUCUCAAUUUACUUCAAAGCCCGUUUCUCAAUUCCCAGGUUUUCAUAAAUAAAAUGGAAUCAACCAUGAAAAUUUCGUCUUCAAUAACAUUUCCUAUAAAUUCAACACCAAAAUUACAUGAAUAUAACGAAGUUUUGUAUUGGUCUGCUGUAUCCAAUGGAAGCUACUCCAUCUCCAAAAUCAGCGGCAUUUUCUCAAAUGGCUCUGCUUCUCAUGGGGCUGAGUCAAGGGCAGUGGGAGAUGCGUAUGGACGAAGAAGUCGUCUAGAAUCUCUAUUUUGUUAUGAUAAGCCUAUCCCCGAGGAACGAAUUGAAGAACCAGUUGGGGUAUCUUUGGCUGAAAAAAUAGUUGGAGAUAAUCCCCGGUGUAGUGCUUGUCAGGCCAAAGGUGUCAUCCUUUGUACCACUUGUGCUGGUUCUGGAUUAUAUGUGGACUCGAUAUUGGAGAGCCAGGGUAUCAUUGUCAAAGUCCGCUGCCUAGGUUGUGGAGGAACCAGCAAUGUCAUGUGCUCAGAAUGCAGUGGCCGUGGUCAUCGAGGGCCCAAGUAACUUGUGGUUGGCAGCCUUCUAUAUGUAGCAUUUACACAUUGUAAUUUCAUUUUGUUUCUAGCUGUGUAAUUCUUUUACAUUAAAUUGAUGUAUUUGACUCCUGCAAUUUCUAAUGGCAUUUGCCUUCAUUUUAAAA